AUUUGUAUUUGGCCGCUUUAGUCUGAACGCGGCUCGCGAAUGGCACGGUUCGGGUAUUAGCAUCAGUAUCAGUAGUCGUUCUCCAAGCUGCUGAGCCUUGAAAUCCAUCGCCAUUUCCAUCAACGAAGAGGUUAAUCCAACACAUUAGAUUGUGAAUUAGACGUCAUUGUCUAAUUGUCAGCACAGCAGUUACCACUGUUCGAGUACCGCACUGUUUGUUUUAUCCGCCACCCGGGAUUCUCUCAACGCGAAGUGGCGACGGAUAUAGUCAAAAACUACAAUUAAAAAAAUGGAAUUAGAGAAGGGUUAGAUGAGCCGGAAUUUCCCUCUAGCUGUGGAAAAGUGGUGUGCUGAAUGCUGACUUCGACGCCACGGUGGGUUUGUUGUGAUCGGCAACAGAGGCAUCCAUCGCGGGAAGAGAUCAGUUUAGCCUCGACCACGGUAGGACAUACACGUCGCGUGUUGUUACUGUUUUCUCAGUGCGCGUUUUUACUGUUUUUUACCGUUUUGUUCAUUCGAUUUGUGUCCUGUGAAGCGAAGGUUGUUCCGCUUCUUCGUUAUAAGACCAGCGAAGGUUGUUCCGCUGGCCCGUGAGUGCGAGUGCUACGAGUGGUGUUUGCUCGCCGGAUAGGGUAAGCUGCGCUAUUAGCUACCCCCGGCUAAGUGCAAAGGAGCAGAGAAGACACCACCCCGCUGAUGACCGUUGAAGCAGGAGCUGUUGGAUACCGCCAGACCGACAACGAGCGGCAACGUCGCCGCAGCCUCCCCUUCCCACCACAAAACAGCAAGAGGAAAAGGACGGAAUAAACGAAGAUACGUUUCUAUUUUAUUUAUUUGUUGUUUUUUUUUCUUUUGUGUUCUAGCAAAAGUCCGAAAGUCCGUUAGAGGUAUCGGGCCGCCCUGUAAGGGUUUCGCCGGGCAAAUUGAAGUGUGUACAGGAUGACCCCCUGUUACAAGUCUUAGCACUAUUUUCACGCUAUUUCCUCAUCUACAGGUUGCAACUCAAAUCUGGGAAUUUUUUUCAACUGCUGCCAAGAUGAACCUACUAUAGAAUAUUGAAUAAAUUCUCAUAAAGAUGCCAUUCGAUCUCGGUUAUGAUUUAGACGAGGCUCUCAAACGAGAAGAAAUCUGCCGAGAUGACUUCAAGGCUCUGCGAAACCCGCCAAUCGAGGGAGCGCCAACAGAUAUGACCGAUAAGCAACUGGCUUGCUUUUUAAACGCAUGCAAUAAAAACAUCGAUCAAACCCGAAAGGUCAUUAAAAUCUACUAUGCAGCCCGACGGGACGCUCCAGAGCUGUUCAAUGAUACCGACCCACUCAGUCCGAAGAUUCGACAGUGCUUCGAAAACCAAGACUACUUCAUACUACCAACUACACCCGCUGGUUACUCGGUAGUUUACCAUCGGUUAAACAACCCGAAAGCAUCAAACUACAACUUCGACGAAGCAGUUAAAACAUAUUUCAUGCUACUGGAUUCCUGUAUCUACAGUGAAGGUCCACGGCCCGGUUUGAUUUGUUUGUUUGACAUGAGCAACGUUGGCCUGUCACAUCUCCUGCGAGUCAAGAUCAGCACGGUGCGAAAGUUCUUCCAUUACUUGCAGGACGGGCUCCCUGCAAAACUAAAAGCCAUUCAUGUGUUGAAUGCAGUUUCGUUUUUCGAUAAAGUUUUAUACAUGAUUAAGCCUUUUAUGCACGCUGAAAUUUUGAAAAUGCUAUUUCUGUAUACCUCCAAUGCCAAUUUGGAUAAAUUCUACGAGGAAUGGAUUCCUCGGGAGUGUCUACCUUCGGAUUAUGGUGGACACCUGAAAUCAGUAGCAGAGCUUCACAAGGAGCACAUAAAGACAUUCGAAUCACUUCGGCCCUACUACUUAGCCGAAGAGCGUCAGAGAAAUGGAAAAUGCAGCUUAAUAGAGGAAACGAAUGCAAAAAUGAAAUCUUUGGAAAUUGAUUAGUAUAAUUUUAGUGAAUCUGGUGGGUUUGGAUCUGAUUAUUUGUACAUUAGAUAGUUUGUGCCAAUUUUUCCGAUGAUUUUCUCCCAACAGUAUGCGUACACUACAGACACAACAUGAGUAAAAUUACAAUGUGAUAUUUUUUACUUGCCUUUAAAUUUCCACUAAUAUGAGCAUGGGUUCGGUAUAUGUACAAAGUAUUAGGACAACGGAUAAUAGAUUUUAUUUUUACAAAUA